ACUCCCCUGGAACCACCUGAGAACGAUUGAAGCGCCUCUGAGGCCAUCUUUAAAGCCUCUGAAACUCCAUCGGAUCUUCUUGUAGGCCUCUGAAAACUCUUUGAAAUGCCCGUGAGACCUCCAGGUACCCCUCCAUCUGAAACCCGGUGGAGCUGCCUGAAGCACCUAUGAGAUCUCCUGGUACUCAUUGAGACCCUCUUGGCACGCCCCUGGAAUCUCUUGGUGUCUCUCCUCUCCCAUAGGACCCCCUGAAACGCCUCUGAAAUGUCCCUCUACUCUCUCCCAUAAUCGCUCCCUGGCGUUUACAUUUUCUUGUGCACAAUAUUGGUUUUGAUUGAAGCUCUCCCUCUUUGACAACGUGCAAGGAUUAAAAAUGCAUAAAAUAACCUGCCUUAAAGAGUAUAAGUGUAACUUGCUGCCAUAUUAUCUAACGUCCCAGACAGACAAACAGUAUCACCUAAAAUAAAUUGCGACCGAUAUCAUCGUCACGAAACACAAUCGUCCAAGGCAAAUCACGCAAAGCGCUCACUAGAUGGGGGUACUGAGUUAACGUCGAAUAGAAGAGUAUUUGAAUUAUUUGUCAAAAAGAUGAAAAUGGAAAUGAAGUCAAGUGUGACAUCUGUUUGUCUGUGUCUACGUUAUAAAUAAACCGAUCGAUCAAAAAUUAAAAUGUUUCCAAAUUAAAAAUAACCUACAUUACAAUAUGGCAACCCUUCCGCAAUCGACAGUGAGUGAUUGCACAGCAAUAUGUGCACCGUGAGUUCCAGUUAAACCAGCUCACAGUUCAAACGUGCAGCUAAUCCACGCGUAAAGUACGGAAAGCCUUUCUAUACCGACCUGAGGUGGCGAUCCUCACUCGCCUUCACCACCUAUGGGCAAGGCACUGGCAGUAGCACAGGUGAGCGAGAGAUCCGCGAACCUCCACAGGUGAGCGCGAGAGGUUCGUCGCUCGCUCUCCCACCGAAGUCGCCGGCGUCGCCUCAUAGGCACUCACUAAACCACGACGUCCACUGAACCGCGGUUUGCAGCAGUGCAGCUAGUUCAGUACGAACGCCUCCUUCGUCGAGUUCGGUCGGUUCGUCGGUCUCUCUCGCUGGUGCAUCGAACGUGUGUGCGCGGGAUCAUUCGAUUGAUCGCGUGUUCCAUAGUGGACGUUAUAGCGACAGACAGCUCCUAGAAGCUCCCCAGAGACCCCCGGAGUACAAGGGGGACCCCGGUUCUGUAGAAGAGCUGGGAAAGGAAGCGAGUGUUUUUUUUUGUGGUGAGUGGAGGGAGAAGGGUGAACCUGCUGCUGGGUGCUCUGCUAGCUUGCGAGCCAGCCCAGCCGUGACGACAUUCUCCCCGGGACGGGUUGUGGCGAUCACGACGACGCGACGGGUUAGACCGGGGAUUAGCUGGCCUAUGGUUGGUUUUGCUGUGAUCCCCGUUGAUCUGAUCGAGUCUGCAGUGCAGUGGUUUGGUUUUGUAGCGCAAUAGACGACGCUGGCAAUAAACGACGACAUCGAAGAACAAAGUGUGCGCUGCCGAUCUAAGCUAGCUGUGAUAUAGGGUCUGAAGUGAAAUGCAUUAAAACAGCAUACAGGCAGAGACAAGCCCUCGGAACAAAAGAGUGACUUGUGUACCGCAGUUUAAACACCGUCCGGCAGCCAAGUUGGACGACGAUCCAAGAAGACGACGAGUACAAACGAACGCGGCGGCGCGGCGGUGUUGGUCAAAGCGUAAGAGCAAAAGUUAAUGUUUAAGUAAGGAGUGAGAGAGGCAAAAAAAAAACAAGUGAAAACGUUGAUCUUUUCAAGUAGUGCCAAGUCCAAAACUAGCGAGAAGAGCAGUUGGGGAUAAACGAAGGAAAGACGUGUUUUUUUUUCUUUUGCCCAAAGAGAACAUCGAAGAAGGCCUGGUGCCUGGUGGUGUCGUCGGACGACAAAGCUGAAGACGAAGGUUACUGGGACCCGGCGAGCGUGUUGUGUGAUCCGGCAGUCCGGGCUAUGAUGAAGAUGAUGAUAUGGUUGGCGUCGUCGUCGUAGUUGGCGGUGGUGAAAAGAUGAAGAGUUUUUGGUAGCGAAAACGGUUGUCGUCAACAACCGCGUGUGUGGAGGAAGCAAUCUCACACACGGUGUGACUGAGAGUGAUAACUGAUAGUAAAAGUGUCCGUAGGAUUGGUGCUCGAAAACAGCUGAAUUGUUUUAAUUUGGAAAAUGUUUUCGGUGCAAACCACCUCCCGGCAGCAGCAGCAGCCAGUGUCCAACUUGAGCAAUCUACUAAACGAAACAAAUUAAGACACCACCAACAACGCGGCUGUGUCCAGCAUGUCGAUGAGUUUGAGGUUAAGUUGGACGGAGACGGAGGCUUCGGUUGCUUGGAUUGCCAUCACCAUGGGAACAAACUGCCACAAGAAGAAGAGAUCCAACUUCGAAAAGUUCGGUGUGAAGUGAAGUUCUAGAAACACAAACCACCACCCAUCGGACACAAACGGACAGGAAGACAGUCAGUAGUGUUCUCGAGCGAAUCGCAGGAAUCAGGAGAAACGCGCCAAAGGUGAAUCGAAGAAACGCCACAAGUCUGGAACGCAGAGAAGAGCCGCGAAGCAAACGUGCGAAGAAGUGUGUGGUGUGGGCGGUGAGGGUGAGGGAGGACACGGUUCAAGAAUCUUUAAUGGGUUGGAGCAGUCUGUGGCAGCAACGGAAAGCAAAAAACAGGAAGAGGCCGAUUCAUGCUACAAAUUUCCUCUCUCCGUCAUCAUCAUCAUCAGCAGCAUCAGCAUCGUGGUUGUUGAGCUUCAUCGCUUCAUCGAAGUAGCCGUUGCCUGAUUACCACCAUCGGGCUCGGUGUCUGUUCUCCCAGAGGAGUAGGCCGAGGGGGAAGUACAACACUGCAAUUGCCGCUUCUCGCUCGCUCGCUCGCUUGGCCCAUCCAUCAUCGAGUGAGCGCUUUGCUGGCCACCAGGUUGAACCCGAUUCCCUGCCGAAGCUGGUCACCCCUCAUCGGACCGGCCUACUAUGGCCGCGAACUGUACCAAUCUACCCAAACAAAUCAACAACGGUGCAGCCAGCAUGGGAACGUUCCGGACUGGCGGCGGGCCGCCUACUUCGUUGGGCUACCAUCACAACACCCUGACCCGGACGACCAAGAUCGGUAUUUCGUCGCUGGGUAUCGGUGCAGGUGCCGGAGGUGGUGCCGGUGUGGGUGGCCUAACGAUGGCCGAGGUCAAGGAACGGAUGGCAACGAUCGACGGGUCCAGUCAGCGAGUACGGUUGGUGCGGCUGACUCGACCGCAAAGUUACGCACACGGUCACUUCAAUGGGGGUGGAAAUUUUGGGUUUUCGAUUCGUGGAGGACUGGAGUAUGGGACGGGGUUCUUUGUGUCGGCGGUCGAGAAGAAUAGCGAAGCCGAUCAGCAGGGACUGCGGGUGGGUGAUCAAAUAAUUCGAGUCAACGGUUACCAGGUGGAUGAUGCCGUGCACCGCGAGCUUGCCCAGUUUGUAUCCUGUCAGGAGAGGCUUGUGCUGAAGGUUCGCAGCGUUGGAAUAUUACCAGUCAAAGAAUUCCCCGCCGAAACUGGUCACCCCCCAUCGGACCGGCCUACCAUGGCCGCGAACUGUACUAAUCUACCCAAACAAAUCAACAACGGAGCAGCCAGCAUGGGAACGUUCCGGACUGGCGGUGGGCCGCCUACUUCGUUGGGCUACCAUCACAACACCCUGACCCGGACGACCAAGAUCGGUAUUUCGUCGCUGGGUAUCGGUGCAGGUGCCGGAGGAGGUGCCGGUGUGGGUGGCCUAACGAUGGCCGAGGUCAAGGAACGGAUGGCAACGAUCGACGGGUCCAGUCAGCGGGUACGGUUGGUGCGGCUGACUCGACCGCAAAGCUACGCACAUGGGCACUUCAAUGGGGGUGGGAAUUUUGGGUUUUCGAUUCGCGGUGGGUUGGAGUAUGGGACGGGGUUCUUCGUGUCGGCGGUCGAGAAGAAUAGCGAAGCCGAUCAGCAGGGACUGCGGGUGGGUGAUCAAAUAAUUCGAGUCAACGGUUACCAGGUGGAUGAUGCCGUGCACCGCGAGCUGGCCCAGUUUGUAUCCUGUCAGGAGAGGCUUGUGCUGAAGGUUCGCAGCGUUGGAAUAUUACCAGUCAAAGAACGCUCAGCAGACCCGCUUACCUGGCACGUGGUUACCAUCAGUACCAACUCCGGCCCCUCGUCGCUACCGAACAUCCUCCACCCAGUCAAUGGAGUCAAAAAGAAGCACCCGCACCGGAGCGAACUGGAGCGAACCAGCUGCAGCAGCAGUAGCAACUCCAGCACCGGCAGCUCCGGUACCCUGGAGGAAAUCCCCGGCGGUCGGGACAUCAAGGUGGUGGUUUCGGUUGCGCCCCGGACGAAGCUGGGUUGCGGGAUUUGCAAGGGACCGGAUUGGAAGCCGGGGAUCUUCGUGCAGUUUACCAAGGAGGGUGGAGUGGCAAGGGAAGCUGGCCUGCGCCCAGGUGAUCAGAUCAUGUCCUGCAAUGGGCGGGAGUUUGCGGACAUCACCUUCGCCGAGGCGGUCAGCAUUAUGAAGGCGUCGCAGGUGUUGGAGUUGGUGGUGCGACCGGGAGCGGGCAUCGACAUGUUCCCCGGGGAAUCUAGUGGGUACAAUAGCAGUGCGAGCAGCGUCAACGGGGAUCAGAGUCCGUGUUGGGGCGAUUCCACGGCAAAGAGGUUGAGCAUCGUCCGGGAGGAAUCGAUCUCGAAGGAUCGAAGGUCGGGGUUACAGAGGGCGGACAAAGUGGGACCAAAGACGGCGGGAGGUCACCGUCGGAACAAUACUACGAUUAUUGAGUUUUCCGAAAAUGGGACGGUGGUGAACAGUUCGCUGAUUUCGCAGGAUGGGGCCGCGGGGAAGAAGGAGAUGGAAAGCAAAGAGGGAAGCAAAAAGUUGGCCGACAUAUGCUUCGUUUCGAAGCAAAGCGAAACCAAAACGGUCAUUGUCGAGGUGCAUCGGAGCGCGUCGACGAAUUCGAUAGCCACGGGCUCCCCAACUUCUUCGUCGAGUGGAGUCAGCACCGUCUCUUCUUCGGGGUCAACUUCGCACAUUCCACCACCGCCGCCCCUAUUUGCAGACAAAAUCCCACCGCCUCCUCCGCCGAGCAGUGGCCUCAGCAGCGGCUAUUCGACCACCAACAGCGCCAAAUCCGGCGGCUUGGGAACGCAGCAUCAGCAGCGCAGUCCUUCGUCGGUCAGCUUGGCCGAUUCCAGUGCCAGCAGUGGAAUCGAUUGCGGAUCAUCGAACAAUGGCGGUGGUGGUGGUGGCAUUGGCGGGCUGGGCAGUGCAAUCUCGGAGGAACUGAAGCGGAGAGCGCAGAAAAAGGGCUCGCUGCUGUCGUCGACGGCGCAGGAACCGGCCGCGGCGCUCACCGAGCUGGAAAAUAGGCUGAAAGAAAAACGAUUUAGGCCACCGGUGAACUCGGGCAGUGACGCGGCGCGACAUUCCGCCCUGAUGGACGAGUUCCGGGCGGUGCACAAGCGCAUGUUCAAGAAUGGGUUCGACAACGCCGAGAUCAAGAAAGCACCUUCCAAAGAUAAGUUACCGAUCGAAGUCAGACCACCGGGAGCAACAACCACAUGCUCCGGAAGCACCCCUUCUAGCAACAGCUGCACCCAAGGAGGAAAGGGAACCAUGGGCCGGGUGGCAGCAUCCGAACUGGCCAAAGCCAACGGCGACAUCGCCGAGCUGGAAUCGAUAGAAUCCUUCCAGCUUACGAGCCCCACCCCCACUCCGGUCCGGCCCCCAUCGUACUAUUUCUGCCCGCAGAACACCGGUCCACCCACCAUGAAGAAGUCCCAGAAACCGAUCGCAGUUACCAUCAGCGAGUACAUUGGCGUCGGCGUUGGCGGCAACGACGAAAUUGCUCCCGAUCUACCGAAGAAGAUCGGGAACUUGAAAUACGAGCUGGAGAAGACCUUGUCACUGUCUAAUUUAAGGCAGCGGAGUGAGUCCCGUGAGGAUCUUGUGGAGAGGAUUCAGAUCGGAUCGCAGCUGGAUCAGGGUACCAGGUUGAGCAGAAGCUCGUCUGCCGUUACGACGGUGUCCAAUGGCAACCGGAUAACGAUUGCAAUUUCCAAUGGCGCCGACAAGAAGUAGGCGUUGACGGUUUGAGAGGAUCUUUUUGAAUGUUUGUCUUAUUUUGUUUUUGCAUGUGUAUGUGUUGCGUGUUUAGUAGAGUUGAGCAUGUACGGAUUUUCCGUAGAUUAUUUUUUAGUUUUGUAAGGCUAAGGAUUGAAUCUUUCGUUUUGUCGAUGUUGAGAUUAUUGGAACGGUGAAGCUUGUCACAUGUUUCUUCCGGAUAUGUUUUGUCAGUACAGUGUAUAGAUAGACGAUAUAUGUAUUGGUUAAGACUAUAUUUACGGUAACUCGUACUUUGCACGGCAAAGUAAGUCGCGCGUUUUGUGUAAUAAUCUACAUGUGAAAAAAUAUGCUCAAAACCAUGAUUAUAUUGUAAGAGAUGCCUGUAUUUAUACUUGUUUAUAUACCUGCUAACUAA